GUUCGCUGACUGUGGCCCUGUCCCCGCGUCCUCGAUGCCUGCGAGCAGCACAUCCCCCUAACCGACAACAAGGACACCGAACGAUCCCGUGCGCUCGAGACGGUGCCGCUUCAGCUUCUGCAAUGGAGAGAUAUCUUCGAUCCCAAUGACACGAAGCCACCGUUGAAGUCUCAGGAACAGAUCUUUGGAUGGAACAGUAACCGAACAGAAUGGGAUCUACUCACUGAGUAGUCCGAACUCUGAAGUUUUGCUUUUACUCAUCCACUGUUAUAAAUGAGUGUCUCAGAUAAAAACAUCAGGGGUGGGGCGCACACCAGAACCCAUACAGAAUGUCCUGGAUCAACGGCUUCCUAGUGGCAAGAGUGGACGAUCGUAAGACCGCUUGGGGGGAGCGCAAUGGCAAGAAGUCCAAGCGCAAGGUUGGCUCCUCUCUCUGCAACCCACGCUACAUGAGCUGCCUGCGGGACGCGGAAGCCAUGGAGCCUCCUCCCCAGCCACCCCAUGCUCAGGCCACCCGCUCCGGAGGAGGGGUGAUGGGAGGCACGGGCGGAGGAAACUUCGGUGUGCGCUGUGGAUGGCAGGAGGACCACUACGGCAAAGCGGGGGGUGGGGGGGAGGGUGUGGGGCUUAAAUCCAUCGAUCUGGGUUUCGAGGACGGCGAGGUGAAGGGCCGCAAAGGGAACGGCUCGGGUUGUGACGGCUCCAGCGAUGACACGGCCAGCAGGACGGGGUCGGUGACGGCGGUGGACUGCAGGGAGAGGGUGGUGCGCGUGUUCCAGUCCAAGAAGUUUCAGUCUCGUAAACUGGAGCGCCUGUACCAACGAUACUUCUUUAGGUUGAACCAGAGCUCACUCACAAUGCUGAUGGGUGUAUUGGUCAUUGUUUGUGGGAUCAUGCUCACCUUUCACUGCAUCCACGGACCUCCCGACAUGGUCUACGCCUCUGUGCUGUCCGUGGCCAUGGCACUGUUCUUAGCAUUAAUGGUGGUGUGCAACCGAAACGGCUUCCACCAGGACUACAUGUGGAUGGUCAGCUAUCUUGUGAUUGGAGUGCUGAUCGUGGUGCAGGUGUUCGGGGUGCUCAUGGUGGCCCCCCGCAGUGCCUCUGAAGGGAUCUGGUGGUCUGUCUUCUUCAUCUACAUCAUUUAUACGCUGCUGCCUGUGCGGAUGAGGGCGGCGGUGCUCAGCGGAGGAGUGCUGUCCACCAUACACCUGCUCACCACGUGGAGGAUUAAUGAAGAAGAUGAGUUCCUCUGGAAACAGCUGAGCGCAAACGUGCUGAUCUUCCUGUGCACCAACAUCAUCGGGAUCUGCACUCACUACCCGGCCGAGGUCUCGCAGAGACAGGCCUUCCAGGAGACGCGGGGCUACAUCCAAGCCCGACUGCACCUGCAGAGAGAAAACGAGCAGCAGGAACGCCUGUUGCUCUCGGUUUUGCCAAGGCACGUCGCCAUGGAAAUGAAGGCUGACAUCAGCGCUAAGAAAGAAGACAUGAUGUUCCACAAAAUUUACAUCCAGAAACACGACAAUGUCAGUAUUCUGUUUGCAGAUAUUGAAGGUUUCACCAGUCUGGCGUCACAGUGCACAGCUCAAGAGCUGGUCAUGACUCUGAAUGAACUGUUCGCUCGCUUUGACAAGCUGGCCUCGGAGAACCACUGCUUACGGAUUAAGAUCCUUGGAGAUUGUUACUACUGUGUGUCAGGGUUACCUGAGCCCAGAGCAGAUCACGCUCACUGCUGUGUGGAAAUGGGUGUGGACAUGAUAGAAGCCAUCUCGUUGGUACGAGAGGUGACAGGGGUCAAUGUAAACAUGCGGGUCGGCAUCCACAGCGGUCGUGUGCACUGUGGAGUUCUUGGAUUGAGGAAGUGGCAGUUUGACGUGUGGUCCAACGACGUCACGCUGGCAAAUCACAUGGAAGCUGGGGGCAAAGCCGGGAGAAUCCACAUCACUAAAGCCACUCUACAGUACCUGAAUGGAGACUAUGAGGUGGAACCAGGUUUUGGAGGGGAGAGAAACGCCUAUUUGAAGGAAAACAGUAUCGAGACCUUCUUAGUUCUGGGAUGCAGUCAAAAACGGAAAGAGGAGAAGGCCAUGAUGGCUAAAAUACAGCGGACGCGGACGAACUCGAUUGAAGGCCUGGUACCUCGAUGGGUGCCUGACAGAUCUUUCUCCAGAACUAAAGACUCCAAAGUCUUCAGACAGAUGGGUAUUGAUGAAACAUCCAGCAAAGACAACCGAGGUGCUCAGGAGGCUCUGAACCCAGAGGACGAGGUGGACGAGUUUUUGGGGCGUGCCAUUGACGCUCGCAGUAUCGACCAGCUUCGCAAAGACCACGUGAAGAAAUUCCUCCUCACCUUCCAAACCUCCAGCCUGGAGAAAAAGUAUUCUAAGAAGGUGGACGAUCGUUUCGGAGGUUACGUAGCCUGUACGCUGCUGGUCUUCUGUUUUAUCUCCUUCAUUCAGAUUGUCAUAUUCCCAAAUACUCUGGUCAUGUUGGGAAUUUACAUCAGCAUCUUCAUUAUUCUUGCCAACAUUCUCUUCAUCUGUGCCAUCUACUCCUGCGUGAAGCUCUUCCCGGCUGCCAUGCAGACUGUGUCCAAGAAGAUUGUUCAGUCUCGCACCAACAGCACACUGGUGGGAGUUUUUACCAUCAUCCUCGUCUUCAUCUCGGCCUUUGUCAAUAUGUUUUCCUGUGAUACGGAGAAGCUGGUGGACUGUGUUGCAGAGAGGUUCAACUUGUCAUCAGAGAUGGUAACUCCCUGCGUCAUUCACAACCUGUCACGUUCUGCGGCAGGGGGCCUGGAUAUCUGUACCAGCAACACACCUUCAUGCCCCUUCCCUGAGUAUUUCAGCUACAGCGUGCUGCUGACUCUGUUGGCGUGCUCAGUGUUCCUGCAGAUCAGCAGUAUAGGGAAGUUGACUUUAAUGCUGCUCAUUCAGCUCACUUUCCUGCUGCUUGUGGAGUGGCCAGAGGUGGCACUGUUUGACAACGCGGACCUCUUUGUGACUGCCAAUGCCCUCACAUUUAAUGAAACAUUGCAGUGGUCCAGUCUUAAUGCCACCAUGGAUCAGUGUCCUUUCAGGGUGACGAAAGUCUCUCUGAAGGUCAUGACCCCUGUGAUCCUCACCGUGUUUGUAUUGGCACUGUACCUACAUGCCCAGCAGGUGGAGUCUACGGCACGUCUAGACUUUCUCUGGAAACUUCAGGCUACAGAAGAGAAAGAGGAGAUGGAGGAACUUCAAGCCUAUAACCGCCGGCUCCUCCACAACAUCCUUCCUAAAGAUGUGGCCGCCCACUUUCUAGCCAGAGAGAGAAGGAACGACGAGCUGUACUAUCAGUCCUGCGAGUGCGUGGCCGUCAUGUUCGCCUCCAUCAGCAACUUUUCAGAGUUUUACGUGGAGCUGGAGGCCAACAAUGAGGGAGUGGAGUGUCUUAGGCUCCUCAAUGAGAUCAUCGCUGAUUUUGAUGAGAUCAUCAGUGAGGAGAAAUACAGGCAGCUGGAGAAAAUAAAGACCAUUGGCAGCACCUACAUGACCGCAUCGGGCCUCAAUGACUCCACCUAUGACAAAGAAGGCCGUUCGCAUAUAACCGCCCUAGCGGACUACGCCAUGCGCCUCCGCGAGCAGAUGAAGUACAUCAAUGAGCAUUCCUUCAAUAACUUCCAGAUGAAGAUUGGACUGAACAUAGGGCCAGUGGUUGCAGGAGUUAUUGGAGCCCGGAAACCCCAGUAUGAUAUCUGGGGAAACACAGUCAACGUGGCCAGUCGGAUGGACAGUACUGGGGUUCCAGACCAUAUUCAGGUGACCACAGACCUGCACCAGGUGUUGGCCAGUAAAGGUUACCAGCUGGAGUGUCGAGGGGUUGUAAAAGUUAAAGGCAAGGGUGAGAUGACCACUUACUUCCUGAACAACGGACCCCCCAACAGUUAGCAGCGCACUAGUGUUCCUUCGGAUUCCCACAAUUCCCCAGAGAGAAGGAUUGCGUGACGCAACCCGAAGUCAAACAAGUAGCCAUCGCUAUCACUUGAAAAAAACAAACAAAAAGGAAAGAUCAUUGAAAAAAAAACUCAAGACCGGAGAGUCAUGAACUGGCGGUCUCGGUUGCGCCUUGAAGGACGAAUGCUUUUGUUUUAAAGCCUCAGGCUCCUUGAAAUAUGAAAUGUCAGAUUAUUUAAUAAAGGCCUUUUAUCCGCCGAAGAGAAACGCUGUACAUAAGGCAUUUCCUCCCUAUUUUCUUCUCUGCGACAUCUGUUAUUUUUUAUUUCAGGAGAAUAUAAAUACAGGUACUCAUGUUCUGUUCUGAAUUCCUUAUUUAUUUCAAGCUUGAUGUUUUGGUGCAAAAAGUCCUUUAUGGAAAAACGUGUGAAAAUGACACGCACAUUUAUACCGUACGUAGAAAUGUACGCCUGUAUAUUUGUGUGUGUGCAAAUACAGUAUCUGUAUAAAUCAAGGAGAGAACUAUUGACCAAAGACCAAAGUGUUUAAUAGAGAAGUUGUCAAAACGUUUUCGGAAGUUUUGAAUAUUACAUAGCGCCCGCACCCCUCUGUUUUUACAACGUUUUAUCAUUUAAUGUAAUUUAAACGGGUUGAUCAGCAAUCCGGUUGAUCAAAUGAAGGAUUGAUUGAAUUCUGUAUUUCCGUCAGAAUGAAGAUGAUUUCCUCUGGAAGGUUUUUUGAGAACGACCAGGUCAUGUCCUCAAGGGAGACUUCACUUUUGUUUCGUGUAUUCCGCCAACCAUUUCUUCUUUUUCAAAGAAGUAUUUUUGGUACAAAAUAAAAUAAAAGGAAAAAAAGAGUUUUUCGGAGGCACAUGGGGAAAAGCCACGGCAUUGGAAACCACGGUACGAGACAGUUUUUCGAGUUCCAAUCUAUUACAGAAGGACUUUUUUAAAACGAAAGAAAUAUAUCUAUAAAUUAUGACUGAAUACUGUGCUUUUUCGAAGGGGCAUAACUCUUUUCACUGUGAGGUUUCUAUGAUACGACAAGCUGCUUUCUUGCCAAACUAAAACAGCUCAAAGCAUGUCUGAUUGUGGUAUCUUCUCUACGAUUUUUGUUUGUUCGUUUGAUUCCCUCAAGUUUUAAUGUUUGGGUAUUUUGUAUCACCUCUGUAUCCAUUUUUUUAUUCCAGUUAUGGUUGUCUGAGUUAUCUGUUCAGCUAUGGUUGUCCGAGUUAUCUGUUCAAUUACAAUUUCAUUCCAGCUGAAGAGAUGAAACAGUGACCUGAACUGAGAGGUUCGAGCAUGAUGGUACCAACUGAUCAACUGACGACGAAUGAUCGUGAGACUAGUAUUCCAUCCAUUGCAUUUUUCACCCAAAAAAUCCUGUCGUCAUUUUAACCAGUUGUUCAAAGCCUGUAUAAAUCCCUUUGUUCUGUAAAGCACAAAAGAAGAUGUUUUGAAGAAAAUGAACAACCAAAUUCAAGAACUGUUUGGUUACAAACAUUCUUCUAAACAUCUUUAUAUGUGUUUAGCACAACAAAGAAAAGUAUUCAGGUUUGGCACAACUUGAGGGCGAGUAAAUGAUGAAAAAAUUUUCAUUUUUGGGCGAACUAUCCCUUUAAGGCCCAUUCACACCAAGAGUGAUGACUAAAGAUAUAUAUUUUUAAAUCAUCCCAAAUUUAAGAGAACAGCUCAGGCCACAUCAAAACUAUAACAGUGACGGUAGAGGAACAAUAUCAUUGAGUUUUACAGUGAUUUGUUUUUCUAGCUGACGACAGCCAAUGAAAUUCCAAACAAAAUUUAAGAGGCUUGUUCAUUUAAAACUGCAGCGGAUGAGCUUAAAAAAGUGCUACGGUCUGUUGAAGUGUACUCUUAUAGGCAUCUUUUGGUGUGAAAGAGACUUUAUGGUUCUUUUUAGUGCGCAUUAGACUCUAAAGGGACAAUUCACCCCAAAAUAAAAAUUGGAUCAGUUACCUCAUCCUUUAAUCUGUUACAAAGCUUUUUUGACUUUUCUCUGUGUGACAUAAAAAAAGAAAGUCUGUUUUUUUUGCAUGCAGUUUCAAUGAAUCUUGAUUAAAGCUGACGUCUUGGUAAGCCUUGCGUUUACUUUGUGUUUGCAAAAGACAUUCAUUUUUAUGUGUUCACAAGAAGUUUUGGACUAUUUGGAAUUGUUCAUGAUGACAUUUUGUAAUUUUGGGUGAACUGUUCCUUUAAGGAAAAAGCCACGUUUUAUCUUGUGCAUUGCAAAUCUAUCAACAAGGUGUAGGUUUAAGUCUGUAUUACUGAACUACAACCAAGCUAACUGUUAACAUAGCACCAAAUUUCCCAUAUCGCAAUGCAACUGCCUUAACUGAACAAGCGUAUAUAUACGAUAACAGUGCCUCUUCAGCUAUAGAGCAUAUCAAGACCGUAAUAACCCCUUAUGGUCUUUAAACAGGCCGUGUUUGUAAACUCAGUCAGCUUUUUCAGUGUACUUGCAUGGCAGCCAAAGCUCCAUUCCUGCUGUGUUUAUUAUUUAUUGCACAUUUGCUGUGAUGGAAGUUUGGUCAUUGCAUGUCAGUUGAUCAUGUUGGUACAAAAGGCAGAGCGCCCUGUUGUUUUAACCAGUACGUGCAAUAAAGUUUACAUGAAUUAACAGUGUGAAGGAAGCAACCAUAGUAUGUGUUGUGCUGUGGUCAAGCAGAUGAUGUGUAUUAGUACUACUGAGUCUCACACUGGGGCCUCUGUCUGGAUCAGGUCUGAACGACUCCUGAUCGGCUCUUUAUUUCUGUUGACUUUGUUCGUUUUGUUGUUUUUACUUUAGUCGAAAGACUUAAAAGGGACUAGCUUUUCAACUUUGCAAAGGAAAGUUGAGAAAAGACUCUUGAUGAUUAUAAACUUCUCCCCUCUAAAAAUAAAUCAUGUCUGUUUUA